AUGGACAGCAUCAAGAACUCUUCGUCCGUCCAGACCGCCAGUUCGUUCGAGCACCAGAUCGAGGAUGUUGAUGAUGCAGCGGCCACCGAAGCAACUAAGGGCGGUACCAAGGACGAUGAUUAUGACAUGCGUCGUAUGGGAAAGCUCCAGGAGCUGAGACGUAACUUCCGUUUCGUCUCCAUCUGGGGUUUCAGUCUACUAUUGGGCAAUGCUUGGGUGGUCGCUCUGAUUUCCAGCAAUAUCACUCUUGCCAACGGUGGUAUGGCCGGUGGAGUGUGGAUGUUCCUCAUCGUCGCUGUAGGAAUGUUUUUCUGCAUGCUUUCCAUGGCCGAAAUGGCAUCAAUGGCACCUACAGCAGGUGGCCAAUACCAUUGGGUCAGUGAGUUUGCUCCACCAAAGUAUCAACGGUUCCUUUCGUACAUGGUUGGAUGGAUGUGUGUCCUGGGAUGGCAGGCCGCUAUGUGUGCCAGUGCCUACACCCCAGCACUCAACAUCCAAGGUCUAAUUGCACUCAACGUCGAAGGCUACACGCUUCCGGGAUGGCAUGCUGCCCUUAUGACCAUUGGCAUCGUCAUCAUCUGCAUUCUCAUCAAUACCGUCGCCAUCAAGAAACUACCCUUGCUUGAGGGUUUCAUGUUGCUGUUCUUCUUUUUCAGCUUCUUCACCAUCGUCGUGGUUCUUUGGGUUAUGGCUGAGAGAACACCUGCGAAGAAAGUGUUUACUGAAUUUAGUGACAAUAUGGGCUGGGGAAACGUAGGCCUGUCCACCCUCAUCGGUAUCUUGUCUCCAUUCACCACUCUUCUUGGGUCCGACUCAGCUUGCCACUUGUCUGAAGAGCUCAAAGACGCAUCUUGGGUCCUUCCAAGAUCUAUGGCUGCUACCGCCGUGGUCAAUUACGCUCUGGGCUUCGUGACUGUCAUCACACUCAUGUUCACUCUGGGAGGUUCCGUGCAGUCUGUUCUCGACACAAAAUUCGGUCAGGGAUACAUUCAGGUUUUCUACAAUGCUGUUCAGUCAAAAGCUGGAGCAUCAGGCCUCACAGCAAUCGUUUGCAUUCUACUGUUCUUCACUGCCAUCAACCAAGUCACAACGACAUCAAGACAACUCUUUGCCUUCGCGAGAGAUGGCGGUCUGCCGUUCUCCUCAUUCCUCGGUAGAGUUCGACCUGGCAUGGACAUUCCCCUCAACGCAUGUACUGUGACCGUGGUGAUUACGGUCCUCAUCUCGCUCAUUGUCAUCGGCUCCAACACGGCUUUCAACGUAAUCACCAGUCUGUCCAGCGUUGGCCUUCUUACCUCGUACAUCAUCUGCAUCGGAUGCAUGGCCAGAAAGCGAAUCAUGAAAGAAGUUCUUCUACCCAGUCGCUUCAAUCUGGGCCGCUGGGGUCUUGCUAUCAAUAUGACAGCCAUCAUCUUCUUGUCUUUCUGUUGGGUCUUGCUUUUCUUCCCUUCCAGACCCCACCCCAGUGCGCAGAACAUGAACUGGACUAUUCUCAUCUAUGGCGUUACCUGGAUUGCUGCCGUCAUCUACUACAGGUUCAAGGGCAGGUACGACUAUGCCGGUCCUGUUGAGGGGAUCAACAAGGACUAUUGA